UGGGGGGACACCGGGACCGGGAACACCGGGACCGGGAACACCGGGACCGACCCGCCCAUGGGGCCGGGACAGGACGAGGAGGAGCAGGAGGAAGAAGAAGAAGAAGAACAGGAGCGGGUCCCGCCCAUUGCCACAACUCCCCCACGCCGGCAGCGGAGGGAGGAAUCCUGGAGCCGAAGCAGCAGCAGCGAAACCCAGGGAUCAGCGGCCAGUGGGAUCUCCCUGGGAGAAGCAAUCCAGAGGAAAACUGCUGCUCAUUGGGGAAUUGAGCCAUGGUUCCAGCUUCCAGCAGAAGUAGAUUCCAGCUGUUUAACUGCUGCCUCAGAGACGAAGCUUGGCCUGACUUGUGAGAGGAAUGACCUGUCAGAAUUCCCUACUCUGGAGGAAGGAAUGUUGUCUUUAGGAGAAGCAUCCAGAAGACUUUUUCCUGGAGAUCCAGCCCAGGGCUCACUGCUGGAAAUCCAGGAAAGUCGAUUCUCUCCGUGUCUCCCACUCCUGAGGUGCUCAACAGGAGGCCCAAAGGUCCUGGAGGAGUCGCUCUUCCAGCCCUCGGGAGUGGAUUUUAUUCCCUUGAGAGGAAUUCCUGAUGUUUCUGGAGUGUCCCUGGAACCUUCCCACAUCCAUGAAUCUGCAUCCCUGAGGGACACAACCCCUCCCUUGGAUGCUCCCAGUGGCUGCUCCUUGUCCCAGCAUCCCCUUCCAUCCGGAUGCGCCGAUCCCGGAGAUGCCAAUUUGCCUUCCCAAAACUCCUCAGCUGGACAACUCGGGAGCCAGGAGGCCAAUAAAUCCUGGAAAACUGAGGAGGAGGCGUCAAGUCCCCAAAGAAGUGAAGAUCCCACAAACUCUGCUCCGAAGGCGGUGCUGGAAAAGAGGCCGAACCAAGCGGGAGCUUCUCUCCCGCGGGAGCCCCGGAGCACGUCUGGGAAUGAGGGACGUUCCUCCGGUGCCAGCGAUGGUCCAGCUGCUGGUGUGGAGCUUCCAGGGAAAGAGAAGGAGUUCCUGAGGCAGGAGGAGUUCUCAUCUUCAGGGAAUUCCUCCUACAAAACGGCCCUGACGGAAAAAAGCGAGAGGGAGAUGCAAAAGGAAAAGGUGAAACCGGUUGGGAGCGAGGGAGGAGUCCUGGAAAAGCUGGAAAAGAAGGUCCCUGAGCUUGAUUUGUCCAAUAAUUCGUCUGGUGGCUCGAGGAACGACCACUUUAAAAAUCCAGGUGCUCCUGAUGUUCUUUCUGCCAAGACUUCUGAGCCAGGCAAAGGAAUGUCGAAGGGACAUGGAGCGGAUUUAAACGGCUCCGGAAGCUUGAAGUUUGUUCCUGAGGAAUUCCAGGGAGUUUUCUUGGAUUGUCAGCGCAAAGAACCCCCUCCUGCAGUGGGAUUUGGGAAAGAGGAGUCGCUCCCUGCUGUGAUGAACACCAGGGAUUGUGCACCUGGACAACCAGCUGUUGACACGGAGACGCCUCCGUGCAAUGAGGAAUCUCCGGCGGGAGCGGAUCCCGGAGGGAGCGGGAAUGAAUUAACUGCUUCGGAUUCUUCCAUACAAAGGGGCCAUAAAGCCACAGACAUUUCCCCUUCCUUCAACCUUGGAGGUGAUGCCUCGUUCUCCCUACGCUUGGCUCAUCCCAUCUUUCAGUCCACCCCAGGGAUGCUCCUGAAGAGGAAUGGGAAGGCGGAAGAACUCGGUGUCCCGGUGAUCCAGUCGGAUCUCCGGGUCUCUCCAUCAUGUUCUGAUGUUCCUUCAGGGAACUCACCCCUAUCCCCUGGGAAGCAACAUUCGCCCCGACGUGCUCCGAAGGAAAACAAGGAACAUUUGGAGCCCUUCCAAUGGAAAUAUCCCCACACUGGAAGAAUCCAGUCCCUCCCAUCCCUUAGUUUCAUGGAGAAGGUUGGAUCUUGGAACGUGAGCCAGCCAGAGGAGGUUCCUCAUACCGGGAUUCCCAGUGGAUUUUCUCCCGGAAGAAAAGCCUCCAGUGCCGUUGCCAUUCCCUCCAGCCACGUUUUGUCCAUCCAGAAGAGCAGCAGAGAUCCCGAGGAUUUUGCUGCUGCUCCCCCUAGGGAGACAGGUUCUCUGGGAAGUUUGCAUUUCCCAAGUAAAAACUUCCUGCUUGUCCCCCCUCUUACGAGAUCCCAGUCGGACAAUGCUGUGAACGUUUCCAGCAGGAAACGUUCCUUGGCUGGAGUUAUUCCACCAGCAAAUUCCACAGAGGCACUGCAGCUUCCAGAAGAAAAAAACCAUGUUUUAGGAGUGCUGGACAAUAAUUUAGGAGGCUCCACGAUCCAAAAGGUUGUUUCUGGAUCCAGUGGUGAAGACACGGAAAAUAACAACACGGGACAAAGCUCAGAUCCCGAUGUUUUGGUUUCCAGUGUUGCUCAGCUCCUUAAAAAGGAUGGAAACUCUCCAGCUGGUGAUGGGAAGAAUUGGGAU